AUAUUUGAACACGAAGAAGCUCAAAUUCUACAAAAUAGUCUCCAGGUCAUGAUUUUGGAUAUUCGAGCAUUGUAUGAACAGCGCGUAGAAUCGUCACACCUGGGAAGACCAGAGGUUGUAUACACUGAAUACACUGGACGCCCGGGACGCCCUCGAACAGUGAUUAAUCCAGAUUUUCUUCGUUUUGCCUAUCGACAUCGUACUACAUCGGGUCUCAGUCACUUUCUCGAUGUCCCUCGCUCAACCCUCCGGCGACGUCUUUUAGAAUCUGGAAUUGCUUCCCCAGGCACUAAUCCGUUUCCUGCCAAUGGAUAUUCUAUGGGAGGCAGUAAUGAAGUUCGUAUAACAGGCAUUAGAAUACUCGACGGAAUGCUUCGCCUUAUCCGUUGGGGUAUCAUCAUUCAUGGUUUCAUUGACGGAUAUUCACGACUCAUAACGGGGCUACGAGCAAGUAAUAAUAAUCGGGGUCAGACUGUUUUAUCGCUCUUCUUAUCAGCA